AACACCAUGGCUGUCGCUAUUGCACUCUGGAGCAUCGUGCUCAAGCCCGGUCAAAAAGAGGUUGUCCAACCCGCUGGGGACCUUCGUAUCACGAACGUCGCGCUGGGUGACCAACUGGACGACGAGAACGCCCGGACAUCUGUGAAGUUCACCUUCAGCAAGCCUGUGCAGGUGGACGAGGAUGAAGAGGAAGAGGAGGAGGAGGAAACUUCCUUGACCUCCACGAUCCUUGCCUCCCUCACUCCUGGCAAGAUCGAGCAGGCGAACCUGAACCUUGUCCUCGAAGAAGACGGCGACUACCUCUUUGAGGCAGUUGGAAAGAACACCAUCUAUCUGACCGGAAACUACAUCGACCAGAUUCCCCCGGACCAGCCUCCAUAUGGGGAAGAUGACUCUGAACUUGAUGACGAAGAAGACGACUAUGACCUUCGUGAAGUCUCUUCCGACGUCGAGAUGGAUCCCGAAGAUAUCAUCGAAGAGGACGGCCGCUUUGAGGAGCUCGAAGAUUCCCCUGAGCCCGAGCCGGAAUCAAAAAAGCGUCAACGCGCGGAUGAGGCGGACACCGCGGCUGAGGGCACGCUUAGCAAGGCCCAGAAGAAGAAGCUGAAGAAGCUGAAAACGGCCAACGGCGAGGCCGUGCCGACUGGAGACGAGAAGCCGGCGCCGAAAGAGGAGAAGAAGGAGGAGACCACGAAGCAGGAGGGCGAGAAGAAGGAGAAGGGUGAUAAGAAGAAGGGAAAGAAACCAAAUCUCGGCGAGAUGAAGGAGCUCGACGGUGGCCUCAAAUACCAGGAUGCGGUCGUCGGUACCGGCAAAGUUGCCAAGCCUGGGUCCCGCGUCAGCAUGCGUUACAUUGGUAAGCUCGACAACGGAAAGGUCUUCGAUUCAAACACGAAGGGAAAGCCUUUCGACUUCAAUCUCGGUGCGGGCGAGGUCAUCAAAGGCUGGGACCUCGGUAUUGCCGGUAUGCAAGUCGGUGGACAAAGGCUCCUCGUCAUCCCGCCGAAGCUCGCGUAUGGUAAGAAGAAGAUGGGCAACGACAUUCCUCCCAACUCGACAUUGACGUUUGAGGUCAAGCUUCUCAACGUUAAAUGAUUCUCGAUUAAGCACCUGAGACUCUUCGCUUCCGUCAACUUUCAUUCCAUUCAUCACGUCACUGUCAAUCUAGAAAAACCCUGCCUGUUUUCAUCUCUACUUGCUAGCCACUUGUUAUACGCUUUGAUCUUCCACCGUCACGUUCGUCGAAAUCAUAUGCAUUACACCGUCGAACCAUCGACC